CUUAUCUGCAGUCCCUGUAUACCUACAAGUAAGCGGGUCUUAUUACAGCGCAGCUGCAAAAAAAGCACCCUUCCUUUCCCUGUGCGGUCUUUUAUACACUCAAGAUACUGGAAUCAAGAGACUGGAGUCCUGGACCAAUCAGCUUUCGUCACUGGCCUAGCUUAAACCGCUUCUUUUAUGGUGUUCCUGCUUCAGUUUUUUUCGCGGGGGGGAAUCAAGGCGUUUGGAACAUUCUGCUGUCAUACGCGUACCCGAUGUUUCCACCAUAACUGUCAGUUGUCACGUUAGUACUUUUUUUGUGUAGGAAGUAUUUUUUGUCUGUAUUUGUGUUUGUUUUAGCUUUUAUGUUUAGCUAGCAACAAGGUGAAAGAUUUACUACCUUGACUUGGUUUCCUCGUUCCCACCGCUGUUAAACACCCAACCUUAAGUUAUGUUUUUACCACACCAUGGGUAAAUAUUUAAGCCGUAUGACUGUUGAGCGAGCGAGCGAGUGAGCGAGCGAGAGAGAGAGCGUCAACUCACCCGCCGAUAAACUCUUUUAUUGCCCCCCCCCAGGUUAUGAAGCUUGUCUGUCGACUCUUUUUAAGUCUGAACAAAUAAGCGCGGUUGAAACAUUUCCGGGAUACCAUGCGCUCCAUCUCAGGUUCCCAGGAUGUAAUAGAACUUCCACGUUUUACCUUCAACCCAAAGGAAGGAAUCGAUAAUCCAGCCCUCGUCAUCACCGAUGAUCUUGAAACCGAUCCAGACCACAGCCACGUGACCAAACUCUGCCAGCUGAGGCGAGUGGAAGGGCAGAACUUUGGCUUCAACCUGCAAAGGAACACGGAGGGUCAGGGCUUGGAAGUCACCGACGUGGAGCCAUGGAGUCCAGCAGAGCACGGUGGACUUCAAGAGGGCGACCGAGUGCUGGAGGUCAAUGAUGAAUUUGUGGUCAACAGAGACUUCUUCAGGGUGGCGAGGAAAAUCCAGUCAUGUGGUCUCCAUUUGUUUCUGCUGGUCCUGAGGAGAGAUGAAUACGACCAGGCAGUGUGUAUGGGUGUAGACCUCCAGAUGUUGGCUGCAGCCUCCAAGAGUGGUCCUUGCUCUCGGCCCAGACUGUGUCACAUCAGCCAACACCCACACUACGGCCUGGGGAUGACCCUGAUCUCCGUGGAAGGACGGCAUACCCUGAGUAUCGUGACUGAUGGUCCGGCAGAAAAGGCUGGAGUGACCAGUGGAGACAGACUGGUCUGGAUGAACGGUGUAGCAACAUCCACUCUCAAACACUCCUCUCUCAGCAAAGCCCUGAAGAAGAGCGUCGAACCCGCGACGGUGCUGGUCAUUGAUGGUGAAAGCCAGUCUUACUACAUUAGGAGGAAGAUGCCCAUUGUGCCCGUCCUGGCAGAAAGCCGUCAGCUGCCACACUCGGCCAAGACUCUGGACUUGGUCAAAGGACCUGAUGGCUAUGGCUUCCUGUUGAGACAAGAGAAGUUGCCGGUGACACAGCAAACAGUUCACUUGCUACGAGAGGUGGACAAGGGGAGUCCAGCCGAGGAGGCGGGGAUGCGGGAUGGAGAUCUACUACUAGCGGUCAACGGAGAACCAGUAGAGUCCAUGGAGCACGAGGACAUUGUCAAAAUAAUCCGAAAGAGUGGCGAUAAAGUCAGGCUGACUACGAUAUCCAUACCAGGAAGACGAUUCUUCAGAGAGCUUGGUAUUUCUCCUUUGUACUUUCAUGAUGAAUUCAUACACCAGGACGACGGUCAGACUGGAGAUCAAACGGCACAGACGCAAAACACGGAUGCUGCGCUCUUAUAAUGGAACUUAUAAUGGAAGAGGUGCUGGUGGUCUCCAGACGAGGAUUUUGGCACAACUUGUGACCUUGAGAUUUACCAAUGAACAUUUUCAGUACCGUUUUGUCAAAUGUGAGCCUUGUGAAUUACAAUUGCAGUUUUUGAGAAACAACAUGUAAAAAAUGAAAUCUAUGACCGUUGUUGCGGACUUACCGGAAAAGACCAGCUUGCUUCUUCUGCGUCCUUUUUUUGAUCGCCAAAAUUGCAACCACUCCUCUUCGGCAAUGUAGCCAAGAUGGCGACUUGAUGGAGUCGAGUCAUUGGGCUCCAGUCACAAUUUUGAUGACUUUGGAUUCAAGUAGGGCAGCUCUAAUUGGACUUUGAAAUCAAUGACUUGACUUGGACUUUGGUCUAAUGACUUGAAAAUACUUGAGAUUUCCAGUGAAUGUAAGAUGUGUCCCCCAUCCAAAGUAUUCAUAACAUUAUCGUUAUGUAAUUUCCAGCAGGACAUUUUGAAUCUGCCUCAGUGAUUGCAUGCAUUAACGCCCAAUCAGUUUUAAGAAGAAAUAAAAUGUAUGGAUUACAUAAAAUCCAAAAUAUUAUUACAAUGAUACAAUUCAAAUUGUAUUCAUUUCAUUUAUUAAAUUGAAUACAUUGUUAGAAUGGCAUUAUAUUUGGGAGACACUAAACAGGGCUCCAAAAUUCUAACUUAUAGCUUAAGACUUGACUCGAACCUACAAACUGGCACAUUUGUAAAUGUGAAAAUUGUAAAUCGUUCAAAGUGUAUUAUUUGUAAACAAAAAAAAUAUAUUUUCAUGUGAAACAACCAUUUUUGUGUUUACCUUGUGGCAUCAUUGUUUACACAUUUUGGCUAAAUAUAUAUACAUUUGUGCAGGGGCGUCACUAGGGUGGAGAAAAAAACAAAUAAGGAACAAGAACUGGGAUAUGACUUUCCCACUUUUGGACAGAUUUCGUUGAGAUACUCAAUUAUUAAAUGUACACAAGUACACACAAUCUAUACUGCAAAACCAGUGGACAGUCAUCAAUGAUAUAAUAAUCAUGAUAAUAUUAUUAGUCUAUUAUUAUUAUCAUUAUUCUUAUUCUGAU